AUGAACGUCCUGUUUUCAGUAGCGCGUCCGUCAAUUCGCACAGCGGCUCUGCGUCGCGCACCCCUCACAUUGAGGUCACCUUACACCCGCCUUGCGCCCCUGAUGCCAACGCCACGGCCCCCAACGUCCCGCAUUCUUCGUCUAGCCACUGCGCUGCAACAAACUCGUUCGGUCGCAUCAUCCGUAUCUGGACGACCAGGUUCACAGACUAUUGAGCAAGCGGCGCUAAACGUUCGCGAGGAGGUCGGCAACUCGACCACAGACUGGGCAAAGACGAUUGCGGGCGGCAAUUUACCAGUCGACAGCAUGAAGUCCACAAGAGAGACGUUUUUAGGAAUCACGAGCGCGGUUGCACACGCUGUCCCGAUGCCGUACAUCGUGACGGGUUUGGCUGGCGGUUUGCCAUACAUCGUAGCGUCCGCAGCGACGAUGUACCUCUCACACCAAGCCGGUCUCGCAACUGCAGGGAUCCUCACGGGACUUGAUCCCGGUGUCGCAUUGACCAUUCUUGAUCGUGCGCUGAGCAUUCAGGUGACGUAUGGCGCCGUUAUGCUGUCCUUCCUCGGGGCGCUACACUGGGGUAUGGAGUUUGCUGGAUACGGUGGACACAAGGGAUACAAGCGUCUCGCGCUCGGCAUGGCCCCUGUCCUAUAUGCAUGGCCAACCCUCGCGCUUGACCCAACCUUUGCCCUCAUUGCACAAUGGGUCGGCUUCACAGGGCUCUGGUGGGCAGAUCUUCAUGCUACAACUGCUGGUUGGACCCCGGCAUGGUAUUCGCAAUACCGUUUCUACUUAUCGAUCCUCGUCGGCACAUGUAUCAUCACCACCCUAGGCAGCAUUUCGUACUGGGGGCCUGUCGCCGGGCAUGGCCUGCUGACGCACGACCUCGAGCUCAUUCGCUCUCAACGCGUGCACGGGAAGCCCGGAGGUGAAGGCGUAGUGCCAGGCGAGGUUGAAGCGGUGAGCACUGGGGAGGCGGGAGACAGCUAUGUUCUGAUUCGGAAGAAGCACCAUGAAUCACCGGAGGGAGAGCAGAAGUGA